AUGGCUUUGGCUUCGCGCGGUCAAACCCCAGACCUGCAAAGCCCAGAAACAGGGGCGUCACUGAAAUCCGGGGCCCAUACUACUCGGAUGGGAGACCAUGUAGAUGGUCUUAAGUUUGCCGGAGGUGCCUUUUCUCUCUUUUACGAGAAACCACUGCGGGAGCUGGUCGAUCUAGCCCAUGAGCACGGUGUGUACAUUUCAACGGGUGGAUGGGCUGAGCAUCUCCUCGCACAUCCCGACCCAGAUCCGAUAUUUGACCGGUACUUGAAGACAUGCAAGGAUCUCGGAUUCGAUGUGAUUGAACUGUCUUCUGGUUUUCUAUCAUUCCCAGAGGAUGACUGGCUCCGUCUUAUUGACAAAGUCCACUCAUACAAGUUGGAACCAAAGCCUGAAUUGGGAAUUCAAUUCGGAGCCGGUGGAGACACACCUGCCUCGGGACUUGAAUCGAUUGGGACCUCUGACCCUGGAAAACUGGUGAACUUGGGUCGUAGGUUCCUCGACGCGGGUGUGAAACGAUUGAUGAUUGAAUCGGAAGGUAUUACCGAAAACGUCAACUCCUGGCGGACUGAUGUAGUGUCAAAGAUCAUGAAGGAGCUUCCUCCUGAGCGUGUCAUGUUUGAAGCUGCAGAUCCCAAGGUUUUUAAUUGGUACGUUCGUGAAUUUGGUAUUGAUGUCAACCUUUUUGUGGAUCAUAGCCAGAUUGUGCAGUUAGAAUGCCUGCGGACUGGCAUCUGGGGCACUGCCGACACCUGGGGCAAGAUAGUGUCGUUCCGGCCAUGA